UCAACAAUGAUGAACAAAAAAGAAAAAUUCUUGAAAAGAGGUUUGAUUUUGAAAGUUUGAAUGAUAUUUUGCGAAUUUUAAUAAUGGCAGACCAAUUUUUCGGCUGGGAAUUACUUUUCAACAACGUUAAAAGUGAUAUUAAGAAGAAAGAAGAUGUGUUGAUGUUACUGAUCCACUAUUCGUUGAUCAAAAAUGGUUUCAAAUGUGUCGGCGUAAAUGACGAUUGGAAAUCUGAAGCAAUUGAAAUAUCAUCGGAAUUACUUCCCAAGGAAUGGAACGCUAAUAAAGAGUACGUUUUCAGAUAUCAGUACAACGAAGAAAAGUAUGUUCUUCAGAGUAACCAUUCCGACAACUCCACGAUCAUCUUCAAUUUAAUGGACACGAAGAAUUUAAAAGUCUCUAAUGUCAUGUUCAACUACGAAAAUUCUGUCGGUGCAUUGGAAGGAAAUAUAUCCGCUGUUUUGCCAUCGCACCUAGAACUAUUCAAUAAACUUCAAAGGGACUUGAUAUCUGGGUUUGUGAGUAACGAGAAAAAAACUGUAGAAACUCAAACAACCUCCACAGAAUCAUCAGAUAAAAAAUCAGACCCAUUAAUUGUCCCCUCAUUAAUACCGCAAGCUAGACCACCUUAUCAGCGUGGUUUCGAAGACUUUCCUUCCUUUGAGCCAAUUGGUAGAAGAGAUUUAGAUCCUUUGGCAGCUGUUGGCCAGCGAAAUCCUCUCGCAGUUGGAGGCGGUAUGCUUUUUGAUCCCUUCCAAGAAAAUAGAAGUCGUUUAUUAGGGGGGCCAAUUCCGGGUCCUGGUGUUCCUAGAGGAUUACCGAGAGGAGCUGCACCUCCCGGAUCGAGAUUUGAUCCUUUUGGUCCUCCUGAUGCGCAUCCGGGACCAGGUCGUUUUCCUCCAGAGUAUGAUGAUAUGUUUUCGUAAAAAUGUGAUCGAUUUCAAGUUCUGAAUGUUUAUUUCAAUUUUUUUAGUAUAAACUAUUUUUAUUAUUGAUUUUAUUUUUUAGUUUGAACACGUUGUAUUUUUUACGGUAGUACCAAAAAAAUUCAUCGAGGCAUUCUGCUCAAUGCCCAUAAAUGUGUUUUCAUUGUCAUUUUUUUAAAGAAUAAAGCUCAAGUUGAAAGGAA